AUGGGGCUACUCUCACUCGGUACGCCGAUGGAGUGGAAGGAUGCUCAGCCUCUGGCAUCCCACGUUCGAAAGCACGGCAUCCAGCAAUUUCUGUCUUUGUGGAGCAAGAUCAAGGACCGACGUGGUGACAUCUUGCUAUGGGGCGACGAGAUCGAGUACAUUGUCGUCUCAUUCGACGAAGAGACGCAGAACGCCAAGCUCUCUCUGCGCCAGGAAGAGAUCCUCAAGGUGCUCUCCGCAAGUGACCAGGAGACGCGCGAGUCGGCUCCCGCUCUUGCGGCUCAGAUCCCCACCUUUCAUCCCGAAUUUGGUCGCUUCAUGCUCGAGUCGACGCCUGGAUCACCAUAUGGCGCCAGUCCGAAAGAGCUGAGAGGCGUCGAGCGAAACAUGCGUCUGCGUAGACAGAUUGCUCGCUCCCAUCUCAAACCCAACGAGCUGCCCAUCACGCUCACCUCGUAUCCACGCCUCGGUGUUACGGAUGCGCCUUUCACAGAGCCUCACUACCCUCCAAACGGUGAUGCUUCGCGUUCCAUGUUUCUUCCCGAUGAGCUCAUCAACCCACAUGCUCGCUUCCCCACCUUGGCCGCCAACAUUCGCAAGCGUAGAGGCUCCAAAGUCGCCAUCAACAUGCCCAUCUUCAAGGACAUCAACACACCUUCCCCCUUUAUCGACCCAAGCAUCCCGUGGGAUCGUGACCUGUUCCCAGAAGAUGCCGAAGCCAAGGCGGGCGCCGCCAAGCCAGAUCAUAUUUACAUGGACGCCAUGGGUUUCGGCAUGGGUUGCUGCUGUCUGCAGGUCACCUUCCAGGCAUGCUCGGUGCAAGAAGCGCGGACCGUCUACGACCAGCUCAUCCCUAUCGGCCCUCUCCUGCUUGCGCUGACCGCCGCAUCUCCAGCAUACCGAGGCUACCUCUCAGACGUCGACUGUCGAUGGAACGUCAUUUCUGCCGCAGUCGACGACCGCACACCACAAGAGAGAGGCGAGCCUGCGCUUGCCUUACCCGGACAUACACCGCGUGGAGGACUCGACCAUGAUGCCCAAAAAAUUCCGAAAUCCAGGUACGACUCGGUCGACUCGUACAUUUCCCUGGAUCCCCUCAAUCGUCGCAGCUACAACGACAAUCCACUGCCCAUCAAUGCCGACGUCAAGCAGCAGCUGCUCGAAGCUGGCGUCGACGAUCUUCUCGCGGACCACCUUGCGCACCUGUUCAUCCGCGAUCCGCUCGUCAUCUUCAGCGAGAUGGUUGACCAGGACGACGAGACGAGUACCGACCAUUUCGAGAACCUGCAGUCCACCAAUUGGCAGACAAUGCGUUUCAAACCGCCACCACCCGGCGGUCGCAUCGGCUGGCGUGUAGAGUUCCGUAGCAUGGAGGUGCAAAUCACGGAUUUUGAGAAUGCUGCAUUCUCCGUGUUCAUCGUUCUUCUCACCCGAGCUAUCCUCAGCUUUGGCUCAAACUUUUACAUGCCCUUGACCAAGGUGGACGAGAACAUGGCUCGCGCACACCGACGUGAUGCCGUGAAUCACGAAAGGUUCUGGUUCAGAAAGGAAGUAUAUCGAACGCGCAACCGUCAUGCUUCCCGACAAGCUUCGCGGCAGGUCUCGAGGUGCAACUCGGUAGAGAAUUUACACAGUGGGAGCAGACCCAUCAACAGCAACAGUCACAGUCACAGUAACGGCAAUGGACGAGCUAGUCCGCAGAGUAUUGGCUCGUCCUCGGAUGGCUGUGUGGAAGAGGAAGAGUACGCCGAAUUUUCCAUGGACGAGCUGAUGAACGGCAAAGGCGACGAAUUUCCGGGUCUGGUCGGGUUAGUGUACAACUACCUCGACAGCCUCAACAUUGAUGUCGAGACACGCUGCGAAAUGGGUCUUUACUUGGAUCUCGUAUCACAGCGUGCAAGUGGCAAGUUGAUGACAACGGCAACGUGGAUCAGGCAGUAUGUACGCAACCACGCCGACUACAAGGGUGACUCGGUGGUGAGCCAAAAAAUCAACUACGAUAUGAUCAAGCAGCUCGACCUGAUCGAGAGGGGAGAGGUGGACGCGCCUGGAUUUUUGCCUCGUGCAUACGCCCAGCGAAGGAAGAGCCAGGAGACCAAGCCUGAGCUCAAGGCUUAG